GUGAUGCACCUCGCUGCCUCGCUGCCAGAAGUUUAGCUGUUCCCUCCUUCCGCUGUUGAGGUGCAAUGAUUUUCUCUCAUACUUACUGUGCCUGAUGAUGAGCUCUUCUGCCGUGGACUUUGACGCUCGGCUUGAGGACCACCAGUGCCUGUUGGUGCUGGUGCAGCCACUAUCGGCGCCCAGCACUGAGCUCUGGGAGCGCGCCGUCGAGCACAUCAAACGCGUCCGCUUCACGCGCCUCAGUGAGCAGCCCGAGGGAAGCCGCAAUGUGUGGCUGCGCUACUCGACAAGCUACCCGACCGACGGAAGCCUCUGGGGAGACUUCCAGGCCCACCGGCGCGUCCUGGGAGUGCUCAGCGUCGGCGAGUGUGACCAGGAUGGUGUGGAGCCACUCCAUCGGCUGCACGAGAAGCUUGUGCAGCAGCAUCCGACAGCCAUCGACUCGCGCUGCCUGCUCUUCGGGGCGCCCUCACCUGGGCCGGAAGAAGAUACCGGGGAGCAGGCAGCCCCCUUGAGCAGCAAGCUCCGCAGCACCCAGUGCUUGCUUUAUCCAGAGCUGGAUGGUGACAAGUUGGAGCGAGACAUCAGCGAGUUUGCAGCAUCGCUGGCAUGGGUGCUGGAGUCACGCCGUCUGGAGCGCUUGUUCGACCGAAACAACCCAUCAGCAUCUGCACUGCCCCUGCUCAAGGCACCAUUCGAAGAUUUUGUUGGCCUUGACACUGAGUCCAGGCAGUUUCGUCGUCGGUGUGGAGGCCGCCAGCGCAAGCACCUGGGUGACCUGAGCCUGCAGCUGGGUCUGGCCCGUGAGGCACAUGCCCUUUACACCGAGGCCCAGGAGCUGCUGCGAGGGGUGCCUGACUGGCUCUGGCUGGCUGCUACUCUCGAGGGGACUGUGGCCGCAGCUGCUGGAGGUGAGGACGGGAAGCGGACCGGCGCCGUAGAUGAGGGCUGGGAGCAGCUGCGUGAGAGCUGUGUCCACUAUGCCAAGUACUCCCCGGUGGCAGUCAUUCAAGCCGAGUGUGCCAUAAAAGCAGCGCGCUGGCUCACUGCUCAUGGGCGACCCCUGGGUGCAGCGGAGUUUGUCCAGAGUGUCGUCUCCAUGAACAUGGCCCAAUCAGAGUCGGAAAAGGUCUCAUGGUAUGGCUCCCUGGCUGGUCUCUACCGCGAGUUGGGCCUGGGGCGCAAGGCAGCCUUUUACACCCGUGUGGCUGCUCUCAAAUGCAUGGCAGGGAAACCAGACCCUUUCCAGUGCUACCAGCUUCUGCUCAAAAGCCUGCCUGGGUACAGAUUGAGCCUGGACAAGCCAGCUAAGGGGAGGAUGGAAGGUUGGCCCAGGCUUCAGAUUCAACUGCUGCAAGACCUGCUGGUCACCGCUCGCAAGAUGGACGACCUGCCAUUGGCUGUCGGACAUGUGUGCCAGCUUCUGGAGUGGCUUGUAGAGUGGCUGUCCCCAGCAGAGCGGUCAGAGGCUUGCCAGCAGCUUCAGACACUGGCUGGCCGACUUCAGGGACCAGCAUCUGCUUGGCCGCCAUUGCUACACCUGCCCCUGGUCCGGCGAUUCCAGCCACAGGCUCUGGCCCCGCACCUGCGACCGUUGCGGCUGGGCUCUUCGCAGGUGGGAGGCAGCAGCCCUUUCAUCUUCUCCCCGCUGCAGCCACAUCGCCGCCCAGGACGUGCACCACUGCUCUGGGUGCAGGGUGAGGUGGCUGCCGUCGCCUUGCAGCUCUGCAACCCGCUGCCCACAGAGCUGGCCAUCCAGCACAUGUCUCUGCUGGCGGAUGGUGUACCUUUGGAGAGCUUCCCGGCAUCUCUAGAGCUGCCGCCAGAGUCUAGCCCAUACCCUGUCAAACUGCUGGGCACGCCCAGGGCCAUAGGGCAGCUCCAGCUUCGCGGCUACAGCACGUGUGUGCUGGGUGUACAUAGUGAGUGUGUGCUGGCCCAGACAACAGCCCCAGUGACAGUGGUGCCACCCCUGCCACUUCUUGAGGUCACUGCCAACCUACCCCUGGCACCGGACUUUGCCACCAUCGGGGACGCAGCCCAUGUGGUCAACAACUAUGCGCUCAGCCUGUAUGCAGGCGAACAGCGCCAGUGUGUGUUGACGCUGACCAACUGUGGAGCUGAGCCAAUUGAGAUGCUAGAACUGAGCCUGCAGACAAAGCUGGACCGAGAGUCUGAGCACAGCCUGAUUCGUUGGAGCCCUGACGAGCUGCAGUCGCAGCUGCCAGUGGCUGCGGGUGGUGCUGCUUCCCUGACUCUGCAGGUUCACGGCCAGGCCCCGUUCCUCAUUUCAGGAGGAGGCUCACCAAAGGGUUCACAGAAUGUACAACCCAAGGUGGUGGAGGUGGUGGUGCAGCUUCGGUACAGUGGGGGUCCUGGCCUGCAGGCCCGCUACUGUCGCCAACUGGGGCUGGCCCUGACUCUGGAAGUGCAGCCAUCGCUCCUCAUCUCGGGCUGGGAUGUGCUACCAGCACAAGAGCCCACCAAAUGCCACCUUGUGCUGGACUUGCGCAAUGAGACAGACCACGAGCUAGAACUGCGAGCCGACGAUGAGCGGCAGCCCUUGCUUCUGGAGGCCAAGGAUUGCUGCCGUAUCCCAGUGACUGUCCCUAGGUGCACAGCCGACAGCUGGCCGAGUGCAGAGGGCCCUGAGCAGCCGGAGGUGGCCUGUCGCCAGCACCUGCGAGACACGGUCAAGCUACGCUGGUGGCUCCCUUCCUUGGAGCAUGGCGGUGAAGCCAGCCUGGAUGAAGUGCCUUGGACAUCGCACAUGCUGGACACCAUCCUCCAGUCACCUUUGCAAUGGGAAGUGCAGGUUGAUGGUCGGGUCCACCGACCGGAGCAGGAGUACAUGUUUCCAGUUGGGGAGCCCCUGCGACUCAGCGUGCUUCUCCGCAAUGUGUCACAGGGAAGUUUUCGCCAUCUCUGGCUAUCUGCUGUUGGCUACCAAGACCGGCAGAAUGGGACACUCAGCUACCGACUAGAUUCCAAGGCCAUAUUUGUUGGCUCUGACAAGCUCUUCAUUGAACAGGUGGAGUCUGGCGCAAGCGAGGUGCACGAGUUCACGCUUGCCUUCCUGCUGACUGGCGUCUACAAGCUGGAGCUCAGCUGCCGUGCCCAGGAGCUGGUCAGGAACAACGAGCGUGUGUGGAAGUGCUGUCCACCAAUAGAAAUCACUGUGGCGGCACCACAGCAAUAAAGUGGAGAAAU